GGAAAAAUUUCGUCGCGGAUAUGGUUAUCCCUUUUAUCAUUAACAAGCUUUUACGUGUCAAUACAAGCGAUCACGCUAGACCCAGUGACCAUGAGACAGGUACUUCCAGCGUACGCGGUUUUGGAAAAUGCUGAUCUUCUAAAUUCCAGCAGAUGUCGGACGCAGAUAGAUGAAUUUCGAAAUGCGGUGGAUAACCAGAUACUUUGGGCUCUAAGAGCGUUGGAUACCAGUGGUGCACCAUCUGAUGGAUUUGUCAACGGGAAUAAUCAUUGGUUAGGGGACCAACAAAGUUGCAAGCUUUUCUCUGAAAAUCGCACGGUAUUACAAUCAGAGCAAGUACAAAAGAACAAUUCGAUAUACCGGAACCCGAAUGAAGAGUAUUCACCUUUUGAGUUUCGUUUUUUUAUUGCACGUGCGCGGCAUAAUAGCACUGUGCAAUAUCAUGUAGAAGUGGAAGACGAAGAUUUGGUCACGCUUGGACUUUGCUUACCGGCGUCCUGCAGCAUAGGCGAUGUUGCCACUAUGCUUGAUAAAGUACUUCGUAAUGAAACAUUUUUCAUUGGAAAACUUUUUAAUAUACACUUCAAGUUGAUCGAAGUCUCCGAUUUGGAGAAUGAUCAUCAAUGGCUACUCUCUGCGAAAAUGAUAUCCAUCAUAGGAGUUUUGCUAUCAUUGUGUGCUACCGUAAUAGCGGCCACAUUAUACGACGUUUUCGUCCAUCGCAAGCGUUUAAAUAAAGAAAGGGAAAAGUUUACGUUCGAAAGUAACAAGGCGAUAGAAUUGGAGAACAUAAAAGAAGAGAAACGCGAAACCGACAAUAAGGAACCGACACUCCCCGAGUUAAGGCGGCCGAAUCGUAUCAGCAAACAUCUUCUGUGUUUUUCAUUUCUCACCAAUGUAGAGGAAAUAUUAAAACCGGGAAAGAAUGGUGAUAAUUUGCGAGUAUUUUACGGAUUGAAAACGUUAACAAUGGCAUGGAUUAUUAUGGCGCACGUAGUGGUGUUCGCAUUUCAUGUUACGAGUAACCCAUGGGUUGAAUAUGUAAUGGCUCAAAAUGUACUCUUUCAAAUCAUAUCCAACCCCACAUUCACGGUGGAUACAUUUUUCUUUAUGAGUGGUUUUCUGUUGUCGUAUAUGUUUCUGAGGGAACGACGAAAAUAUCAGGGAAUUCCGUCUAUAGCAAAAAGGAUGAACGAAUUUUUUCAAAUGAUUGUCAUAAGAUAUAUAAGGCUUACACCUGCAUAUUUCGUCGUUAUAUUGAUAGCAAUAUUGAAUUUUACCUGGCAUGAUCAUGUCUCAGCGCUUCUUCCCUCUGAGCAUCCAAAUGUUAAGUGUUCCAAAUAUUGGUGGACUAACAUACUUUACAUCAACAACUUCUAUAGGUGGGAUGAGCUAUGUCUCACAUGGAGUUGGUACUUGCCCAAUGAUAUGCAGUUCUUCGUAUUUGGCAGUUUUCUUCUAACUUUAUCGAUCACACAUUACAAUAUUGCCGUGGGUAUAGGCAUUGUUACGCUAGUUUCAUCGAUAGGAUCACUAGUUUACAUGGGAUACACUCUUAAUUACCAGCCUACAAUUGACAAACUAUAUAUGACGUUGACAUACAUUUAUAUACGACCGUGGUGUAGAAUACAGCCAUAUCUCAUAGGAAUGGCCACAUGUCAACUUCUUUCAAAAUGGAAUUACAAAUUGCAUUUAUCAAGAAAAGGCUUAAUCGUUGGUUGGUCCUUGGCAAUUUUAUGUAAUUGUUCGAUUCUCUUCGGACUCACGAACAAGAACAUAUCCUUAGAUUUAUCCGUUCUUUAUUUGGCCCUCAGUAAAACAGGCUGGGCAUUAGGCAUUGCCUGGCUCGUAGUUGCAUGCACUACGAAUAAUGGCGGUAUCGUAAACAAAAUCUUAUCGCUAGAUAUUUUCGUCGUUUUGGGCAAAUUAACAUAUGGUGCUUAUCUCCUUAACCCUGUUAUUAUAUUUUUGGCUUACUCUUUAAAUUAUUAUGCUUUCUACUUUAAUAUUGCCACGGUUGGCAUUUACGGCGUUGCAAUGAUUGUUUGUACCUUCAGUGCUUCUAUUCUGUUAUCCGCAACAAUCGAAAUGCCGUUUGUAUCACUUCUGCGAUUAUUUAUUAGUGCGCGAAAAAGAAGUUUGUAA